UGAACAAUGUAACCCCAAAUGCUGAUACUAUGACGGAUACCAUAUGUAGGCGCUAAAUGUACAUAUUUAAUAUUGUCCAGAUGUACAAACAAAGGGAAACGUCUCUGGACGGUGCCGGCAGUGAAUUGUGCAAGGUUUGGGUGCGAGUGGACGGGAUUUGGGGAGUGCACCAUUGAGCGUCUGCUGAACAUACAGAACAUAACGGUGUAGUAUUGUGGCUCUGCUUUGCUAUAAUGGUUCAAGUCAUUACGCAUUACGAUUUCUGAUCCCAUACAAUGCUUUUUAUCAUCAAGUUCACAUCAGUACCAGGGACCUUAAACUUCAAUUGUGCGACCGAGCGGAGUCCACCCCAUGGACACUGCGACCAUUGUUUCCUUGUCAUAUGGCAAUCCUUUUAUCCAUGCACCGACAUCUCCUAUACACUAGCUCAAUGAAAUAUUAACGUGGCUACUGGCGUUUCAGUUUCCUUUAUGACUAUAUAUACAGACGGGAGUCUCGUCUCCUCAUUCAUCCAAAUGAUCUGACGCGCGGUUAAUAAGGGGAGUGCUGAGGGAUUCACUGAGCCAUGCAGAGAGCAGGACUACUACGAGAGGAGAAAUUGCACUGCAUCACUUCCAGUGGACAACAGCAGAGCGUGCACGCACUUCUGUCGCAUGUUCAGAACAUGCUGUGAGUAGAGUAAGAAGGAGCUAGAUGGAGAGAAAGUGUGUGUUUUGACUUCUUUUUUUUUUGCUGAAUGACAAGUGGACAUUGGGGCUAUGCUGGAGCUUCGGCCCCUGCUGUCCACCACGUCUCCACCCUGCUGAGGCUCCCGGCACAGCCCUGGAGCACAGAAGGUGAGAGAGAAGGCCUCAUGCAGGCACGCAAGAAGUACGUGCUAUUGGGCCUGUGCACGUGCUGCUGGCUGCUGCUCUAUUUCUGGGGCGGCUUACAGGAAUGGCUACUGGGUCUCAUCACCCGCAAGAGGGGGGAGGUGGUGCAGCCCUGGCCUGACUGGUUGGAUCGGGCCCUGCUCCUAGGCUUUGCUGACCAGGCUGAGCUUCAGAAUGGUGGGGGACCCGGUGAUUCACCCAGGCAGCGGCGGCAGGCAUGGUCCGGAAUCUACAAGGACAGUCGCUGCAGGAUGGACACCUGUUUUGACUUUACCCAGUGUCAAGGUCGAGAGGGCUUUCGGGUGUACAUCUAUCCACCAGAGAAUGGCGACCGGGUGUCGAAGAGUUAUCAUAAGAUUCUCACCUCGGUUGCAGAAUCGCGGUAUUACACGUCAGACCCACGUGAGGCUUGUCUCUUUGUGUUGGGCAUUGACACACUGGACAGGGACCAGCUGUCCACACAGUUUGUUCCCAACGUGGAUGAACGCAUUCAAGGUUAUCCCCUCUGGAACGAUGGACGUAAUCACGUUAUCUUCAACCUUUAUUCCGGAACCUGGCCCAACUACACUGAGGACUUGGGCUUCAACGUAGGUCAGGCCAUUCUGGCCAAAGCGAGCCUGAACACAGAACACUUCCGACCAGGCUUUGACGUUUCCAUCCCUUUGUUCUCUAAAGAACAUCCACAAAAAGGUGGCGAGAGGGGUUGGUUAAUUCGCAACACUGUCCCUCCACGCCGGAAAUACCUGUUGAUGUUUAAAGGUAAACGUUACUUAACGGGCAUUGGCUCAGACACUCGCAACGCUUUACAUCAUAUCCACAAUGGCAAGGACAUCGUCUCCCUAACAACUUGUCGUCACGGCAAGGACUGGGAGAAACAUAAGGACGCACGCUGCGACCAUGACAACCAGGAAUAUGAGAGAUUUGACUAUCAAGAGCUCCUUCACAACUCCACAUUCUGUCUUGUUCCACGUGGUCGGCGCUUGGGGUCAUUCCGUUUCCUGGAGUCUUUGCAGGCUGCUUGUAUCCCAGUGUUACUCAGUAAUGGCUGGGAGUUACCCUUCUCUGAUGUCAUCCAAUGGAACCAGGCAGUCAUCGAGGGCGACGAGAGACUGUUGCUACAGGUACCAUCUACAGUGCGAGCUGUGGGCACUGACAGGGUGCUGGCUCUACGACAGCGCACACAGAUGCUCUGGGAGGCGUACUUCUCCUCUGUGGAUAAGAUCGUACUCACCACACUAGAGAUCAUAAAGGACAGAGUGUACUCCCACAUCUCCAGAAAUAAAUUCAUGUGGAAUGCCUUACCUGGAGGGCUGCUGGUUCUGCCCGAGUACUCUACACAUCUGGCCCACUACCCGUUCUAUUAUUUAAACCUUGGGAUCAGCCCAGGUCAGGAAUUCACUGCUGUCAUUCAUGCCAACUCACCUCUGAUUUCCCAGUCUCAGCCAAUCAUGAAGCUUCUACAGGUUGUCUCCAAAUCAAAAUACUGCUCACAGAUCAUUAUCCUUUGGAACAGUGAUAAGUCGCCCCCUCACCGGAGUAAAUGGCCACCUAUGCCAGUGCCGCUUAUCGUCACAGAUGGCAGAAGGAAAACGAGCAGUCGAUUUUUGCCUCAUGCUGCUAUUGAGACAGAGGCAGUUUUGAGCCUGGAUGAAGACACGGUUCUCUUGACCAGUGAGAUCAAUUUUGCUUUCCAUGUGUGGCGCAGCUUCCCAGAGCGGAUUGUUGGCUACCCUCCCAGAAGCCAUUUCUGGGACCCUGUGAAAAAAGCCUGGAGCUACACCUCUAAAUGGACCAACGAGUACUCCAUCGUCCUCACUGGAGCAGCGUUCUAUCACAGAUACUACCAUCACCUGUUCUCUCAGUACCUCCCCUCCUCUCUGCGUGUGCUGGUGGAUCAUACCUCUAACUGUGAGGAUAUCCUAAUGAAUUUCCUGGUCUCCUCUGUGACACACCUGCCACCCAUUAAAGUGGCACAGAGGAAGCAGUACAAAGACAUGCCCGCUCUGCAGGGCACUAAGAUGGCGCCAUGGGCAAACCCUGAGCACUUUACCAAGAGGCAGGAGUGCAUCAACACGUUUGCAAGCUGGUUCGGUUACAUGCCUCUAGUGCACUCUCAAUUUCGCAUGGACCCUGUACUCUACAAGGAUCACGUGUCUGUCAUGCGCAAGAAGUACAAAGACCUGGAGCGCGUCUGAGCCAAGCUAACAGCUGGACACACAGAACAGACUGAGAGAGGAGACAGGUCACAGACUGAUACUGACACUGGUGGGGAAAUCCUCCACUAACACAGAAAGAGUCUGAUGACCACCACUUCUGGCUUGUGGUGGCCAAUCAGUGGACAGGAGAGGGGUAUUUACCUCUUAUGGCCAGUUCUCUAAAUGUGAUUGACAGCUUCAUGUAUUAAUUCACUUAAGAGUGAAAGCAAAGCAGAUCUGUCAAUCAUUCCAGCUGCUGUUUUACUGGAGAAGAGUUUGUAGCAUAAUGGGUGCCUAGCAGGCUGCUAACGGUGCUGUGGACUAACAAGCAAGGGGAGUGACAAGUAACUGACUAAUGAUGUGAAAACAACGUGACCAAUAAAGUAAUUCUGAAAUGCAAACUGUGAGGGAGAAUUUGUGAACAUACACUUUUAUUUUUAGGUUUCGUGCAACAAUGCCCAGAAACCAAGGGUAGCUGAC